AUGGCCGGAGAACAACAUAGCGAUCACAGCCGUCCCCUCGUCAACCACAAUAUGGACGACGGCCCGCCAUCCCACGAAACGGACGCUCGGGACGGUCAUCCAUCCACCCCGUCUCCAGAGCCCCAAAACAACGGGGAUGCCUCUCACGCCCACAAUUUAGGGGCAGAGACAUUUCAUCCCAUUCCCGUUCCCGUUGAAGGAGACGCCGUAAUGAUUGCCAUGGUGAAUGCCCUCAAUCAGGCCGGUUCUAUGCUCCACCAGCAACACGAACGAAUCAUGGCCCUCGAAGCCGAACGACAAGAGGCCCGACCCCAGCCGGUGAGUAGGAUGCAACAACGUUCGGAGCCAACGAAGAAGCGAGGACGUCGCUCUCCAGAACCCCACGUCAGCAGGGCCCGCGCCCGUCGUGACGGUGGUCGAGCGGGAACAUCACCAAGGCGCGGACGCAGCCCCGACAACAACGAACUGUCUCCCUUAAGGAGCGACGAGGAAGAUUUGCAUUGCCCCCUGUCUCGGGCAAUAAUGGAAGCCCCGCUCCCCAAAGGCAUGGAGAAACCACCAAAUCUAGCUGUGUACGACGGGACUACAGAUCCCGACGAUCACGUCGACAACGUCAACGCGAUGCUCGACUACCGCAAUGAUAUAACCGGGCACCUCAAAUGCCGACUGUUCUCAACGACCCUCAGGAAAGGGGCCAUGGCUUGGUACAAAAGCUUGGCCCCUGAGUCCAUUACGUCAUGGAGAGUCAUGAGGUCCAUGUUCACCAGGCACUUUACAGCUUCCCGUCGUCACCCCAAGACUGAGGCGACCCUUGAAGCCAUAGUGCAGAAGAAGAAUGAAACACUGCGCUCAUACAUCGAGCGAUUCAACCAGGAAGCUGUCGAGGUAGAUACCACCGAGCACAUGAAGAAGUAUCUCCUCGAGAGAGGUCUCUUGCCCGGCAGUGAACUUAGCAGAGCCGUAGGGAUCGAGCCUCCCCGCACCUUAAACGAGCUCCUGCAUAAAGCCCAGGCCUACAUCAGAUACGAGGAAAAGCAAGUGGCACACAAUGCCCGCAGCGGACGUAACGCUGGGGAGACCGAGCACUCGAAACGCGAGGACACGAGCAUUUCCCGUCGCAACGGAGACAAACGAAGAGAAGAAAGACCUCGCGAGCUCCGGGAAGGAAGAGGCCCCGCGGGCAGAUAUAGCGAGUACACCUUACUGACAGCUCCUCGAGAGCGUAUCCUCGCAGAAUGUAUCAACUCUGAAUUUAAGCAGGGCAGGGUCAGGUUCCCAAAACCGUCUGCACCAAAGCCCCACACCGACAAAUCAAAGUACUGCCGGUUCCACAGAAGUCACGGGCACGUGACCGAAGACUGCGUCCACCUGAAGGAUGCGAUAGAAAUUUUAAUCCAAGAGGGGCACCUGAAGCAGUAUACGAGGAAGAACGAAGCUCCCAGACACGGCGAGCCAGAGAAGAAGAGACCCCGGGAAGACACGCCCCCUGACAACUCUCCCUAUCAAGUGGCCCUCUGCGUGUCACGACCGGAAGAUUUCUUCCUCCCCGAACCAUUGCCCGAGGGCAAGAUCACUGCACUCAGCCCCUGGGAAAACUUCCCUUCCACACUGGUGAUAUCAGGAGGAGGAACUAACGGGGAAUCCGCGGCCCUCUCCGUCAAACGUAAGUUCGACGAACUCCUACUGACUGCCCCCGAGCAGAAAGCGACAUUGACAAAAUACCGGGGAAAAUCCAACCCAAUAUCCUUCUUCCUGGAGGAACUCCCGGGCGGAUCCCCGAACUCGGGCAUCCCACUAUUGAUAAGGGCAAAGAUGGCCCAAUUCGACGUACGACGCAUCCUGGUCGACCAAGGCAGCUCAGUGGAUAUCAUGUACGUCCACCUCUUCAAGACUCUGAAGCUAGACAAGACCAACCUAGCCCCCUACGUCGGAUCAGAUCUCCAAGGAUUCAACGGAGCGACAACCAGACCGUGGGGAUAUGUUGAGCUCCUCGUCACCUUCGGCGAACAGGAAACGGCCAGGGAAGUCAAAAUCCAAUUCCUGGUCGUAGACUGUCCGUCUCUCUACAAUUGCAUCUUUGGACGCCCGACACUGGCCGAACUCACCGCGGUCCCAUCCACCGUCCACCUAAAGAUGAAAUACUACACCAAAUUGGGACGUGUGGUCACCAUCCAUGGUGACAUCGAAGCAGCCCGGCGAUGCUACGACGCCGCAGUAAAAGGACAGGCCGUAGUCAGCACGAAGAGCAACUGCAACAACAAAAAACUCAGGACCGGGGAUCCUGCCCGAGGAAUCAACGCCAUCGACCUCGACUGUCGCAUCGGGCUGGACGAGACCGAAGAGGGGAGGUUCCCCAAGGAACGCUCUCUCGGACACCCGGUCCGACCAAUCCCCGACGGAGAGUUCGAACUCAUUCCUCUUGGGGACGAUCCGGAAAGGACGGUGAAGAUAGGUAAAGGACUACCCGAGGAAACAAGAGAAGAGCUAGUAGCAUGCCUCAAAGAGAACUCGGACCUCUUCGCGUGGAAUGCCGCAGAAAUGCCCGGGCUGGACCCCGAGAUCGCGUGUCAUAAGCUAGCUUUAGACCGGGCAGCCAAGCCCAUAGCACAGCGUAGACGCAAGCAAUCGCCCGAAAAGGCAGAAGCUGCCGAGCGAGCUGUAAAAGACCUCUUAGAGGCAAAUUUUAUUUCUGAAGCCCAGUACACAACCUGGCUCUCUAAUGUAGUCCUCGUUAAGAAAAAUAAUGGAAAAUGGCGCAUGUGUGUUGAUUAUACUGAUCUUAAUAGGGCUUGCCCGAAAGAUGCUUUCCCCCUCCCUAAUAUAGACAUGCUCGUUGACAACUCUGCAGGUUUUAAACUCUUGUCCUUCAUGGACGCAUAUAGUGGAUACAACCAGAUCCCUAUGUCGCCCACAGACAAGAAACACACAGCGUUCAUGACCCCAACGGGCAAUUACUAUUACAACGUGAUGCCGUUCGGGCUCAAGAACGCUGGCGCUACAUACCAACGCAUGAUGAACAAAGUCUUCAAGGACGAAAUAGGGGACAUGCUCGAAGUAUACAUGGACGACAUGAUCGUCAAAUCACACGAGGAGACAACGGGACACAAUUCACGGACGGAGGAUUCCAGGACUUCAUCGCCAGCCUGGGCACCACACAGCAUUUCACGUCUGUCGAGCAUCCGCAGACGAACGGGCAAGCAGAGGCGGCCAAUAGGGUAA